AUGGAAGAAGAGAUAGUUGAUGGAAAAGUUGAUUGGAGAGGAAGAAGAGCUGUGAGACACAAACAUGGGGGAAUGAAAGUGUCUUUGCUUGUUCUAGGUGCGUUUGCAUUUGAGAACAUGGCAACGCUAUCACUAGCAGUGAAUUUGGUGUCAUACUUCACUGGAAUAAUGCAUUAUGAACUAGCAGAUGCAGCCAACAUGGUAACAAACUACGCAGGAGUUAGUUACAUGCUUUCCAUUGUUGUCGCUGUUCUUGCUGAUACUUUGAUUGGAAGAUACAAAUCUGUUAUUUUUUCUGGCAGCAUUGAAUGUUUGGGACUGGUGUUACUCACAAUACAAGCGCACAAUCGUUCUUUAAAGCCAGCAAUAUGCAACCUCUAUGAUAAAAAUGCAGUGUGUGAAAAAAUCAAAGGCAACCAUGAAGCUUUUCUCUUAGUUGGUCUCUACUUAUUGGCCUUUGGUAGUGCAGGAUUGAAAGCUUCUCUUCCACCACAUGGUGCUGACCAGUUUGAUGAAAGAAAUCCCAAAGAAGCUAGACAAAUGUCCAGUUUCUUCAAUGGUCUCUUACUUGCACUUUGUGUUGGUGGUUCUGUCAGCUUAACUUUUAAUGUCUGGAUACAAGAUAGUAAAGGAUGGGAUUGGGGAUUUGGAGUCUCCACCAUUGCUAUCGUCUGUGCUACUGUAACCUUUGCAUUUGGAUUACCGUUGUAUCGAAUUCAGGUUGCUCAGAGAACUAAUUCUCUUAUUGAGAUCUUGCAGGUAUACGUUGUGGCAAUUCGCAACAGAAAUCUUCCACUUCCUGCAGAUUCUGAAGAACUAUAUGAAAUUGAACAGGACAAAGAAGCUGCAAUAGAAAUAGAAUUUCUGCCUCAUAGAGACAUUUUCAGAUUCUUGGACAAAGCAGCAAUAGAAAGAAAACCUGAUGAUGCACAAUCUGAGAAACAAGCGAUUCCAAAUCCAUGGAAACUAUGCAGAGUUACACAAGUAGAAAAUGCUAAAAUAAUCCUAAGCGUGAUUCCAAUAUUCUGCUGCACAAUCAUAAUGACACUUUGCUUAGCACAACUUCAAACUUUCUCAGUUCAACAAGGUUUCACAAUGAAAACAAGAAUCGCGAAACACUUCAACAUCCCACCAGCAUCACUACCAAUCAUACCAGUUGCAUUCUUGCUCAUACUAAUCCCUUUCUACGACCAAAUCUGCGUGCCACUUCUUCGUAAACUUACCGGAAUUCCCACCGGUGUUACUCACUUGCAGCGAAUAGGAGUCGGGCUAGUACUAUCCAGCAUUUCCAUGGCGAUUGCAGCAAUCAUAGAAGGGAAAAGAAAAAAUGUUGCUAGAGACAAUAACAUGCUUGAUGCUAUCCCAGGAGUUCAACCAUUACCUUUUAGUAUAUUUUGGCUAUCUUUUCAGUACUUUGUGUUUGGUAUAGCUGAUAUGUUUACCUAUGUUGGACUUCUUGAGUUUUUCUAUUCAGAAGCACCAAAAGGACUUAAAGCUACAUCAACAUGCUUCCUUUGGUGUUCUAUGGCAAUUGGAUAUUUUCUAAGCAGCAUAAUGGUGCAACUUGUGAAUAGGGCUACCAAGAAUAUUACUGCAAGUGGUGGAUGGUUAGCAGGGAAUAAUAUUAAUAGGAACCAUUUGAACCUUUUCUACUUGUUGCUUUCUUUGUUGAGCUUGGUCAAUUUCUUUGUCUAUUUGGUAGUUUCAAAGAGGUACAAGUAUAGGCCUCAAAGUCCUGCAGUUCAAGGUGUGGUUUCUCAAUAG